CUGAGACGUAUCACUGUGAGGAAGCUGCAGAAGCACAGGAAGAGCUGCUGCUGUUUAAACAAGAGCUCAACAUAUAUAUAUAUAUAUAUAUAUAUAAAGCAGAAGACGAGUGUCAGACACACAGAAUGGCUGAUAGGAGUCCUCUGUUUCUGCUGCUCAUCUUCUGGACACUCAGCACAGGUGUGUUUGGAGCAGAAUGGCGUCAGGUGUCCUGCAGUUCUGGACAAACUGUUCAUCUGCCCUGUAAUAAUACUGUUCAGCACUGCAGCACAUCAGAAACUACAUGGCUCUACAGCAAAGGCAGCCAGACAGACACACUGUUUAAUUUAGGAGUAAAUGGGAGAAACUCAGAGAGACUGAAUCUGGGCUCUGACUGCUCUCUGAUCAUCAGUAGAGUCACAACAGAAGAUGCUGGAUAUUACAUCUGCCAACAGUGGAGAGGAGGAAAUCAGAAACAAAGCAAUGAUUCAGCUGUGUUUCUGCAUGUUGUUGCUGUCUCUCCAUCAUCAUCAUCAUCAUCAUCAUCAUCUUCAUCAUCUGAUAUUUGUCCAGGUAAAGCAGAGCUGAAUCCACAAGCAGAAACAGCAGCAGCAGAAUCAACUAAAGCAGCAGCAGCAGCAGUGACUCAAGACCACAACAAAAACCCGAAAACAGAAAACCCCAGAGCUGCUUCACCAGCUGGAGCUAAAACACCAGCCCUGACUCCAACAAACAACACAAACACAACUAUACAACCAGGUCAUAUAACAGUGCUUUCAGUUCUGCUUUCUGCUGCUGCUUUGGCUGUUUUCAUCGCUGCUGUUCUGUGUUUGAUCCAGCGCAGAAGAAGAGCUGCAGCUCAUCAAAGAGCGAGCGGUGAAUCAGCGGUCAAAGAUGAGAAUCAAGUCCACUAUCAAACAAUCCACAUGUCCAUUAAUCCUGCUGCCAGAGCCCAUGAGCAGACGGAGGAUUCAGUCACUUAUUCUGAGGUCACUUGUGCUGGGAAAAAGCUGGAGAAAUCAGCCAGUGAUGAUGAUGGUAAUGACUCAGUGACUUACGCCGCCGUCAGCAGAAGAGCUUAAUGUGUGCAGAAGAAGAAAAAGAGCCUUCAGGAAUAAAGAUCAACACAAACAGGCAGAAAUCACAGCAGCAUCACUGCAGCAUUUCAGGAGCACAAGUUUCCCUCAAAUGCGCAGAUUCAGGACUUUAGUGUGGAGAAUUGGAGAGAUUUAGAGCAGAACAAACACAGCUGGAAUAUUACUGCACUGGAAAGAGGACAAAGCAGCUGUUCUGAAGGAGAGAAAGAAAGAAAGAAAGAAAGAAAGAAAGAAAGAAAGAAAGAAAGAAAGAAAGAAAGAAAGAAAGAAA